CACAUGUACACACUACGAUAAUGUGCAUUAUUAAGCGUACGGAGGUGACGAGUCACAUCAUUAUAACAACUCGCGAACUCACGCGAGUCAGCUGAGAGAAUUAUUGCGAUUUGCUGAUAUCAGUCAGUCAACGUAGAUGUGUGGCGUGUGCUGAGUUUGUUGACCAAGUGCUACGAGUUUUCAUUUUAUUUUUGGUGUUGUCUCGCUUGUUUGGAGUAACAAGUGUAUUUGGUGGAAAUUCUUACGAUCGUCGAAGACUUCAAAAACUUAAAUUAAACAUGAACAAUUCAUCGGAUCCUAGACGGCCCGACCGCGAGAUUCGCUACAAGCCGCCGACGGGCACGCAGAUAUCGGCCGGGGAGGACUUCACCCCAGACUACAUGAACAUCAUCGGCAUGAUCUUUAGCAUGUGCGGUCUAAUGAUGAGGCUGAAGUGGUGCGCGUGGGUGGCCCUUUACUGCUCGUGCAUCAGUUAUGCCAAUUCAAGGAUGAGCGACGACACAAAGCAAAUCCUCAGUAGCUUCAUACUGUCAAUAUCUGCCGUAGUGAUGUCGUAUCUGCAGCAUCCCACGCCUAUGAUUCCACCCUGGAGCCAAUACGCUUCUUAGAUGAGAGACAAUUGAGACUUGAUAAAAUGUAAACUUAUUAUAAUCGUCUAUUUGAGUAUACAGAUUAGUGUGUGUAAAUAAAAAAAUAUAUCAUUGUUCGUUUAGGAAAAUUUGUCUCUUUUUCUGUGUUGUCAAGAUGUAAUACUUUUUUUACACAAGAACAAAGAAUGAAUUUAACUAUGGAUUCGGUGUUAAAUGUUUAAACAGAAAAUAUAGUUGGUGAGAUUCUAUUAAAUGCAAAAUUAGUAAAUGGAAAGCAAAUUAGCUUUUUAAGAAUUCAAACCAAAUAAUCAACGAAUAAAAAGUUGAAUUGUUCAUUUUGA